AUGAGUAAUCCUCAAAAAGCUCUAAACGACUUUCUGUCCAGUGAAUCUGUUCAUACACAUGAUAGUUCUAGGAAACAAUCUAAUAAGCAGUCAUCCGACGAAGGACGCUCUUCAUCACAACCUUCACAUCAUCACUCUGGUGGUACUAACAACAAUAAUAACAAUAAUAAUAAUAAUAAUAACAGUAACAACAACAACAACGGCAACGAUGGGGGAAAUGAUGACGACUAUGAUUAUGAAAUGCAAGAUUAUAGACCUUCUCCGCAAAGUGCGCGGCCUACUCCCACGUAUGUUCCACAAUAUUCUGUAGAAAGUGGGACUGCUUUCCCGAUUCAAGAGGUUAUUCCUAGCGCAUACAUUAACACACAAGAUAUAAACCAUAAAGAUAACGGUCCGCCGAGUGCAAGCAGUAAUAGAGCAUUCAGGCCUAGAGGGCAGACCACAGUGUCGGCCAACGUGCUUAACAUUGAAGAUUUUUACAAAAAUGCAGACGAUGCGCAUACCAUCCCGGAGUCACAUUUAUCGAGAAGGAGAAGUAGGUCGAGGGCUACGAGUAAUGCUGGGCACAGUGCCAAUACAGGCGCCACGAAUGGCAGGACUACUGGUGCCCAAACUAAUAUGGAAAGCAAUGAAUCACCACGUAACGUCCCCAUUAUGGUGAAGCCAAAGACAUUAUACCAGAACCCUCAAACACCUACAGUCUUGCCCUCCACAUACCAUCCAAUUAAUAAAUGGUCUUCCGUCAAAAACACUUAUUUGAAGGAAUUUUUAGCCGAGUUUAUGGGAACAAUGGUUAUGAUUAUUUUCGGUAGUGCUGUUGUUUGUCAGGUCAAUGUUGCUGGGAAAAUACAGCAGGACAAUUUCAACGUGGCUUUGGAUAACCUUAACGUUACCGGGUCUUCUGCAGAAACGAUAGACGCUAUGAAGAGUUUAACAUCCUUGGUUUCAUCCGUUGCGGGCGGUACCUUUGAUGAUGUGGCAUUGGGCUGGGCUGCUGCCGUGGUGAUGGGCUAUUUCUGCGCUGGUGGUAGUGCCAUCUCAGGUGCUCAUUUGAAUCCGUCUAUUACAUUAGCCAAUUUGGUGUAUAGAGGUUUUCCCCUGAAGAAAGUUCCUUAUUACUUUGCUGGACAAUUGAUCGGUGCCUUCACAGGCGCUUUGAUCUUGUUUAUUUGGUACAAAAGGGUGUUACAAGAGGCAUAUAGCGAUUGGUGGAUGAAUGAAAGUGUUGCGGGAAUGUUUUGCGUUUUUCCAAAGCCUUAUCUAAGUUCAGGACGGCAAUUUUUUUCCGAAUUUUUAUGUGGAGCUAUGUUACAAGCAGGAACAUUUGCGCUGACCGAUCCUUAUACGUGUUUGUCCUCUGAUGUUUUCCCAUUGAUGAUGUUUAUUUUGAUUUUCAUUAUCAAUGCUUCCAUGGCUUAUCAGACAGGUACAGCAAUGAAUUUGGCUCGUGAUCUGGGCCCACGUCUUGCACUAUAUGCAGUUGGAUUUGAUCAUAAAAUGCUUUGGGUGCAUCAUCAUCAUUUCUUUUGGGUUCCCAUGGUAGGCCCAUUUAUUGGUGCGUUAAUGGGGGGGUUGGUUUACGAUGUCUGUAUUUAUCAGGGUCAUGAAUCUCCAGUCAACUGGUCUUUACCAGUUUAUAAGGAAAUGAUUAUGAGAGCCUGGUUUAGAAGGCCUGGUUGGAAGAAGAGAAAUAGAGCAAGAAGAACAUCGGACCUGAGUGACUUCUCAUACAAUAACGAUGAUGAUGAGGAAUUUGGAGAAAGAAUGGCUCUUCAAAAGACAAAGACCAAGUCAUCUAUUUCAGACAACGAAAAUGAAGCAGGAGAAAAGAAAGUGCAAUUUAAAUCUGUUCAGCGCGGCAAAAGAACGUUUGGUGGUAUACCAACAAUUCUUGAAGAAGAAGAUUCCAUUGAAACUGCUUCGCUAGGUGCGACGACGACUGAUUCUAUUGGGUUAUCCGACACAUCAUCAGAAGAUUCGCAUUAUGGUAAUGCUAAGAAGGUAACAUGA